AUGACUGCAGCAGUUGAGCGCGAGCUUUCGCCCGUGGUGCCAUCGGAAGAACAAGACAGUCUCACCCUAAACGUGCAAUACCAUGGCCAACCCGUAACCCUCAGCCUCUCCAAAGACGCCACCAUUGACGACCUCUCCACUCUUGUCGCCGAAGACCUUCAAAUUCCUCCUUCGAAUCAAAAGUUCCUCAUCUCGCCCAAACCAGGUCUCCUCCGCCCGCCCUUCAAAGACCCGACCCUACGCCUCGAUUCCCUACCACAGAAAGCAAAGAUCACACUCCUAGGCAGCACCACCCAAGAAGUCGCAGAUGUGGAAUCCGCAAUCGCAUCUCUAAAGCAAAAACAACAAGCCCGCCGAGCCGCCCUCAACGCCGGUCGCAAAGUCCAAGCCACCCGCCAUCGCGACUGGAAGACCGUGACCGAAGAAGCAACAUACACAUUCGCCACUCUGCGUCCGCUACCACAUCUCCACCAACCGGAAAAGUCGCUGCGGUUCUUGGAGCGUCUGCGCGAUGAUCCUGGCAUCAAGGCUGCGAUGCGCAAACACAAGUUCAGUGUUGGUUUGCUGACUGAGAUGGAUCCUGCCGAACACACCACGCAUGAAUCACGGACUUUGGGCUUGAACAGAAACCGAGGAGAAGUUAUUGAGUUGCGACUGAGGACGGAUGCGUACGAUGGAUACAGAGACUACAAGGUCAUAAGAAAGACAUUGUGUCAUGAACUUGCACACAACGUGGUCGGCCCACACAAUGCAGAGUUUCAUGCUCUCUGGAACCAGAUCGAAAAGGAGGUCGAGAAGAACGAUUGGUCAAGAGGUGGCCAUUCACUUGGGCAAGAGGAGUUCUACAACCCUGGCGAUGACUACGUCGACGACGAUGAUCAUUGUGAUGCUGGUGGUUGGGAGGGAGGUUCCUACAUUCUUGGUGGAAGUACUUCGACCAGUCAGGGCUCUGCUGAACCUCUCACUCGACGCGAAGCCAUGGCCAGAGCUGCCGAGGAGAGGGCGAAGAAACAGAAGAAUGUGCAGAAGGCGGCUGAGCACGAUUCCAAUCCACCAUCGAGCUGA